AAGGAUAAGGAGAAGGGGAAGGAAGAGGAAGACACGUGGGCUCGAAGGGAAAUGGAGCAAGGUAGCGCGAUGCUUCUUUCGAAAGAAGAAUCUCGUAAGAUCGCGCAGAAACUCGUGGAAGCUGAUUUGACGCGACGCGCAAAGAAAAUUCUUACGGUUCGUGAUACGAUCAAGGACGAGGAUAUGGAAAUCGCGUUCCCUUGAACGACUCGAUAGCACGAGGCUGAUCGUACUUGGGCUAAUCGUUCUUUUAUUUGAAUCCAUCGAUGCCCUCGAUACGAAUACGCGCAGGUACGUUUACAAGCAGUUUACAUUGAAAAUUGGAUAAUCUUUCUGUUUGUCUGAAAAUUUUUCUUGAAAAUUCUUACGCAUCGCAGGCGACUAGCAGAUCGUUGUCGUCGCGCCGAAGACGGAAUUUCGAUCGUCGCUCGUAGCGAAAGGAAAUGCGAUAAGCGAGGAAAGAAAGAUAAUUGUAGAGGUAGAUAGAUAGAUAGAUAGAUAGAUAGAUAGAGGGAGGGAGAGAGAGAGAGAGAGAGAGAGAGAGAGAGAGAAAGAACAAAGGAGAGGCGAGGAGGCUGGAUAAUUCGUCGCGUAGGACGGAAGAGAAGCGAGUCUCGGAGCGUUCGAGAGAGCCUGGCGGCAAAGCAGAGACGAAGGAGAUAGAAAAGAAAGAGGAAGGUUUUGAACGGGUAAACCGUGAAACUUGUACCACCCCCUGGACACGGGGGGUGGGACAGAAAUACCGUCAGCGUGGGUGUCGGUGGUGCAGGGGCGCGCCUGGCCCGUCGGCUCGCCCGCAGAUUAGCACGGCGAUUGUCGGGUACGUCGGGCCCAUUCCGGCGUACCAUCACCGUCAGGAGCAGCAGCACCACCACCAGCAGCACCACUACCAGCAGCACCGUUCUGGCGACCUCGGGGGGCCUCGCAUCGGCGGCGGCGGUGGCCGCGGCACCGACGGGAGACCAACUCGCAGCCUCUCCCGGCUCGGUUGCCUCGCGCCGCGUCACGCCGAACGGUAACGCUGGCGUUGACGUCGCCGCCGCUCCUAGACCCGAUCCUGGAACCGAUCCUGGAACCGAUCCUGGAACCGACGCUGGACCCGACGCCAGACUCGACGCCGGAUCCGACGCCGGAACCGACGCCGGAAGCGGGACCAUCUUCCAAGCUUCCUUCGGAGGUACGGCUCGCAACAAGAACAGAGCCAUGUCCCUCAGAAGCCUCCAUAGGCGCGUCUCUCAUCCUUGCCAUGGAAUUGAAAGUCGUCAUGCUGCGAAACACGAAAAACGUCCAUCGCAGAAGCUGGAAACAUCAUGGCCGUUUUCAUUGGAAGGCGAAGGUGGUGGUGGCGGCGGUGGAGGUGGAGUCGGUGGCCGUUCCGUGAGUAGCACUACCGGUGGUGGUGGUGGCGGAGGUGGAGGAGGAGGAGGGGGAGGUGGCGGAGGAGGUGGCGGCGGUGGCAGUGUCGGCGGCCGACGUGCACCGAGUCUACGAUUGGUAAAUGGAAGAGCUACCACCGGGAUCAGUUUACACACCAGUAGCACAGAAUCCGUACGUUCGCCUCAUCACCACCUCGGUCAGCAGCAGACCGCCAAUAACUACAACAACAAUAAUAAUAACAACAACAACAACAACAACAACAACAAUAACAACAACAACAACAACAACAACAACAACCACAAUAACAACAACAACUGCCACGCCGGUAACAACCCCGCCGCGAACAAUCAUCCGAGACUCAACAAAGAUGACAGCAUCAAGAUUAGCAUCGAGAACACCAACACCUGUACAGACAGUCUCGUCACCGCUUUAGACGACGAGGCGCUGCUCAUCACUGACUUCUUGGGCGAUACAGGCAACGAGAUGAAUUACAAAGGCAGCGGAAAAGUCCACUUCGGAGUGGACGACGUGUCCCUCUAUGGGACGCCGAAAGAGGAACCGGGCCCGGGCCUCCCGGGCCAGGAGGUUAAACAGAGCUUCCUUAAGAAUCAACUUCAAGCCCUCUUUCAGCCGACGGAUAACAAGCUUGCGAUGAAACUCUUCGGCAGCAAGAAGGCACUUAUGAAGGAAAGGAUCAGGCAAAAGGCGGCGGGUCACUGGGUCAUCCAUCCUUGCUCCAGUUUCCGAUUUUACUGGGACCUCUGCAUGCUCCUCCUUCUGGUUGCUAAUUUGAUAAUUCUGCCAGUUGCCAUUAGUUUUUUCAAUGACGACCUAAGCACUAGGUGGAUAGCCUUCAACUGCCUUUCCGACACUAUAUUCCUCAUAGACAUCGUCGUAAACUUUAGGACCGGUAUAAUGCAGCAAGAUAACGCCGAACAAGUGAUAUUGGAUCCCAAGUUAAUCGCAAAACACUACCUCAGGACUUGGUUCUUUCUCGACCUCAUCUCAUCCAUACCGCUAGACUAUAUUUUCCUCAUAUUUAAUCAAUUUCAGGACUUCAGUGAGUCCUUCCAGAUCCUGCAUGCUGGACGUGCUCUCAGGAUCCUCAGGCUUGCAAAACUGUUAUCACUCGUUAGGUUACUACGCUUGUCAAGACUGGUGCGGUAUGUCUCACAAUGGGAAGAGGUCUAUAUCCCCCUUUAUCAACAGCCGGAGAGGCACUACGAGCGUCGGGCGACACCGCCCCAACCAGACCGAACCAGCAAGAUAUUGCAGAACCUACAAAAAAAACGCACUGAGCGGAGGGGGCGCCUAAGUUCUGACAAUAUGAGUAAAAAGAAGUCCGGUUUCAGCAAAAGCGACCUUAUUUUUAAGUUCCUGAAUAUGGCGUCGGUGUUUAUGCGGAUUUUUAACCUGAUCUGCAUGAUGCUACUGAUCGGCCACUGGAGUGGCUGUUUGCAAUUUCUGGUACCCAUGCUUCAAGGAUUUCCCAGUAAUUCGUGGGUCGCCAUUAACGAAUUGCAAGACUCGUUUUGGCUCGAGCAAUAUUCCUGGGCCCUCUUCAAAGCGAUGUCGCAUAUGUUGUGCAUAGGUUACGGGAGAUUCCCACCGCAAUCGUUAACGGACAUGUGGCUUACGAUGCUCAGUAUGAUCAGCGGCGCUACUUGUUACGCGCUAUUCCUGGGACACGCGACGAAUCUCAUUCAAUCUCUCGAUUCCUCGAGAAGACAAUACCGUGAAAAGGUGAAACAAGUGGAAGAAUACAUGGCCUAUCGCAAACUACCGCGGGAAAUGAGGCAGAGAAUAACCGAAUACUUCGAACAUCGAUACCAAGGGAAAUUUUUCGACGAGGAAUUAAUACUUGGCGAACUGUCGGAGAAGCUGAGAGAAGAUGUAAUAAACUACAACUGCAGAUCGCUCGUCGCCUCCGUGCCAUUUUUUGCAAACGCCGAUUCAAACUUUGUCUCGGAUGUGGUCACCAAAUUGAGAUACGAGGUCUUCCAACCAGGUGACAUCAUUAUAAAGGAAGGUACCAUCGGCUCGAAAAUGUACUUCAUACAGGAAGGCAUAGUCGAUAUAGUUAUGGCGAACGGCGAAGUGGCGACUUCCUUGUCAGACGGAUCUUACUUUGGCGAAAUUUGUUUGCUGACGAACGCAAGGAGAGUGGCCUCGGUCAGAGCGGAGACCUAUUGCAAUCUCUUCAGCCUCUCGGUGGAUCAUUUCAACGCCGUAUUGGAUCAGUAUCCACUUAUGCGUAGAACCAUGGAGAGCGUUGCCGCCGAGAGGUUAAACAAAAUCGGUAAGAAUCCUAACUUGGUCGCGCACCGGGAGGAGGAUCUUGGCAGCGAAUCAAAAACGAUAAACGCAGUGGUGAACGCGCUCGCGGAACAGGCGGCGCAUGCCAGUGCCAGCGAAGAAUCGGUGCAUAGCAUGGAACUUCGAACGAUGCCAACGGGUCUUCUACCAAGGCCAAAGUCCGAGAACAAUUUUGCGAGUCAAGAGCUUACGAGAGAGGGACGUAGGAUCUUCCACAAGAGCGAUACUUUCCACAAGGAUUCGUAUCAAUGACGACACUCGUUGUACUAGCACACGGAGAGAUACUAAUGGCUCCUCGCUAGACACUGGGUCUGUUUCCUGCGCAUCCAAAGACGCUAUCAGUUUAUGUGCCGAUGACUGGACGAUACCUUUACGAUUAGGUGAAAACGGUCUACACGUAGUGAUACGCCAUGCCAAUAGUCGUUUUAGCGAUCGGUUUAUAGCGCCUUCUUCUAUUUUAUUCUCUCGUCCAGAAUUUGUGCAUAAAACUGUCGCAGAGGAGAUAAGACCCAAAACUCCAACAGCAACAUCGACCGCCUUUCCGACAUUUUAGACUCGUCGACUUCUUCUGUGACUUUGUCUCCGUCGUUGCCCUAAUCGCAGUGACGCGCG